GGCUUAAAGUAUGGCAUGUUGCAAAGAUGGUUUCUGCCAAGAAGGUACCCGCGAUCGCUACGUCCUCCCGGGUCAGUUUCGCCCUCCUGCACUUCCUGUGCCUGGCGGCUUGUUUAAACGAAUCCCCAGGACAGAACCAAAAAGAGGAGAAAUUAUGCCCGGAAAAUUUUACCCGCAUCCUGGACAGCUUACUCGAUGGUUAUGACAACAGGCUGCGUCCUGGAUUUGGGGGUCCUGUUACAGAAGUAAAAACUGACAUAUAUGUCACCAGCUUUGGACCUGUCUCUGAUGUUGAAAUGGAAUACACAAUGGAUGUGUUCUUCAGACAGACAUGGAUUGACAAAAGACUAAAAUAUGAUGGCCCCAUUGAAAUUUUGAGACUGAACAAUAUGAUGGUAACAAAAGUAUGGACCCCUGAUACUUUCUUCAGGAAUGGAAAGAAAUCUGUUUCACAUAAUAUGACAGCUCCAAAUAAACUUUUUAGAAUUAUGAGAAAUGGCACUAUUUUAUACACAAUGAGACUCACUAUAAGUGCAGAGUGUCCCAUGAGAUUGGUGGAUUUCCCCAUGGAUGGUCAUGCAUGCCCUUUGAAAUUUGGAAGUUAUGCAUAUCCGAAGAGUGAGAUGAUUUAUACCUGGACAAAAGGUCCUGAGAAAUCAGUGGAAGUUCCAAAGGAGUCUUCCAGCUUAGUCCAAUAUGACUUGGUGGGGCAAACUGUAUCAAGUGAAACUAUCAAGUCCAUUACGGGUGAAUAUAUUGUUAUGACAGUUUAUUUCCACCUCAGACGGAAGAUGGGUUACUUUAUGAUUCAGACAUACAUUCCAUGUAUUAUGACAGUGAUUCUUUCUCAAGUUUCGUUCUGGAUAAACAAGGAAUCAGUUCCAGCUAGGACUGUAUUUGGAAUAACCACAGUCCUCACCAUGACCACACUGAGCAUCAGCGCGCGGCAUUCUUUGCCCAAGGUGUCCUAUGCUACUGCCAUGGAUUGGUUCAUAGCUGUCUGCUUUGCUUUCGUAUUUUCCGCCCUUAUUGAGUUUGCUGCUGUCAAUUAUUUUACCAAUAUUCAAAUGGAAAAAGCCAAAAGGAAGUCCUCAAAAGCCCUCCAGGAAAUACCAGUGGCUCCCGUGCAGAGAGAAAAGCCUCCCGAAGCACCUCUGCAGAACACAAAUGCCAGUCUGAACAUGAGGAAAAGAUCAAAUGCCUCGGUUCACUCUGAAUCUGAUGUUGGCAACAGAACUGAGGUGGGAAACCAUUCGAGCAAAUCUUCCACAGUUCUUCAAGGAUCUUCUGAAGCCACAUCGAAGUCUUACUUAGCUUCCAGUCCAAACCCAUUCAGCCAUGCAAAUGCAGCGGAAACGAUAUCUGCUGCAAGAGCACCUCAAUCUGCUCCUCCUUCUACUCCUCGUAGAACUGGGUAUGUGUCCCAACAGGCUUCCGUUGGAUCUGCUUCUACCCACCGUGUGUUCGGAUCGAGACUGGAGCGAAUUAAGACCACCGUUAAUACCAUAGGGGCUCCUGGGAAGUUGUCAGCCACCACUCCUCCCUCUGCUCCACCACCGCCUGGAUCUGGCACAAGCAAAAUAGACAAAUAUGCCCGCAUUCUCUUUCCAGUAACAUUCGGGGCAUUUAACAUGGUCUAUUGGGUUGUUUAUUUAUCUAAGGACACUAUGGAGAAAUCAGAAAGUCUAAUGUAAUUUUGUUGCUAGAGUAGUUUCCUAAAAGAUGAUGAACUUAAUGCAGAAUGCCUUUUUAAAUGUUUUUAAAGAUAAACCAUUGUUCUUUAUUAAAAUAAAAAGUCUAUGUAAUUUUUACAUUUAAAAAAUUCAAGCCAGUUAUUGGGAGAGUUAAUUCAUUCCUCAGUGAAGAGAGAGUGAGCCAUCUUUCACUGCAGAAAAAUGCUU